AUGAGUGAGAAACUUAGGUACAUUGUAUCUGAAUUGAAUACACCUCCUUUUUCAAAAAAAUACAAUUUGAUAUCAUUUGAUUCCUUGUCACCGGAAGAGUUAUUGCAGGUAUUAAGUGAUGUUUUAACAGAAAUAGAUGAAGCUAAUAAAAUUGAUAUAAAGAAUGAAGACCCUGAAGAAAUAACUGUAUGGCUUUUGAACAUGCUCAGAGUACUAAAAUAUGACCCUGGAACAGAUCCGGAUGGUUUCCGACAAGGACUUGUACAAGGAGAAAAGCUUAUUAUACAUCCGAUUUUGGAAUGGUUAUUUCAAAAUAUAACAGAGCUAAAAAAAAGAGCAUAUCUUGCUAAAUAUCUGGUGAAAGUUGAAAUUCCAGUUGAAAUAUUAGGGGACAGAGAUGUAGCAGUAUUAUAUGAACAGUAUGAAGCUUUAAUUGAGCAAUUCAAAACUGCUCAUAAAGAACUUACCAACUUGAAGGCAAAGAGUGAUCAUGCUGCUGAAUUAAGAACUGAUAUUGAAGCGAUGGAAAAAGAAAAGGAAAUUGUUUUAGCAAAAAUACAUAGAAUGGAAAAUAAGCUUGAGAAUGUUGAAAAUAAAGAGAAGUUCUUGGAAGCAGCUCAUAAAGUUAGAUUGGAAAGGGAAAGGCAAAGAGAGCUUGCUCAACAACGAGAACGAGAGCUGAGAGCACUUCAAGAAUUAAAUGAACAUUAUAACACUCUUACUAGGCAAAUAUCUGAAUCUAAGGAAUCAGCUCAAAAUAUGACCACUGAAGAUGUGAUGCAAAAAUUAGAAGAACAAGUUCAAAUGAAUGAGUAUAUAGCAAAUGAUAAGUUACCUUCAGAAUUCGAUAUUUUGAAAGAAGAAGUGGAGAUGCUUCAAAGACUUGCUGAUGGACCUCCUCUUACACAAACAAGAGUUGAAGAACUAAGGGAUGAGGUAGAAAAGUUACAAGAAAAUUUAGCUGCAGAAAUGGAAAAGAGUGUAGAAGAGUCAUCAGGGACAGAUAUAGCUCCAUUUCGUCACCAAGCAGAACUCAUUGCAAGAAAAAAAGCUGAAGUAGCACAGCGCUACACUGAAGCAAAAGCAAAGCUUGAGAAAUUAGAAGGAGAACUUAAGAUAAAAGAAGAGGCUGGAGGGGGUAAAGUGGUUUCUGACUCAGAAUACAGCGAUUAUUUAGCUAAUCUGAAAGUUAGAAAUACUGUAUAUAAAGCAAAGAAAGCAAUAAUGUCUUCUCUCAAAGCGGAAUCUGGCAUUCUUGCAAGAACAGUGGAUAUACUGAAACAGAAAUCUCAGUCAUUGUCAAUGGUUACAGAAGUCUCAUCCUAUUCUGACCCAGAAAACAAGAGUAAAGAUGAGAUAAUACAAGAAAUAAAUAACAUGAAUGCUAAAAUAACUGCUUUAAAAGCACAUUUGAUUCCUAAGUUAGCAGAAGUUAAGAAGAAACGUUUAGAAUAUAAUGAACUAUUGGAAACUCAUAUGGAAAGUAAAAAACAAUAUGAUGCUAAAAUAGCAUCGUUUGAAAGCAAAAUAGCUAAACUUGAGCAGGAAGUAAAAGAGCUUUUAAAGAAAGAUACAGCUGAUAGGUCUGAAACCAGUGCAUUACAGGCCAAAUCAGACAUAAUUGCUGCGUUACUUGAAAGGGCCAAUUCCGAAGAAGCUUUUGCCCAUGCAAAGGAUAAACUUAGUCACCGUGUUACUGAAUCAGAAAGGGAGUCUGAAAAGCUGAAAGAAAUGUUAAAAGAAGCAAGACUAGAACACGAAAAAAAUUCAAGGCAGAUGAAGCAUUGGAAAAAUUUACAUGAGAUUUUUCAAUGUAAGAUGAAAUGUCUUGAAGAAAUGAAGCAGAAAGGUGGAGUUGUUAAAAAAACAAAUGUUGCUGAAACACUGGUUCUAGAAUAA